AUGGGGAAGCAGGGAGAUCUCCCCAGGCGCAAGCCUCGCCUGCCGGGCAGGAAACAUCGCCGCAGCGCAGACCCAGAGGAAAUUCAAGACCUGCCUGAGCAGCAGAACAAUGACCAAGAUCAAGAAGUUCAGGAAGCCGACGAGCGACAAUAUGGCCAGGAUAUUAUGAUGACUGACCCCGCAUCCUCUCCUCCGAGUCAUUAUGGCAACGUCGAUUCCGCAGUCGAGGAGCCGGUCGAGGAGGGCGACGACGAGAUGCAAAGCAUCGAAUGGAUCGGUGAAUCGAGUGCACCGCCAUCGCCAGCGAGCGAUCAAGAGUGGGAGACAGAGUCAGAGUCUAAUGAUGACGACGACGCUCUCGUUGAUGUCGAUGAACUCCGAAUCGGCGACCUCGAGGAUGCCAUAGCACAGGCAACACAGUCCGGCAUAUCGCUUGACGAUGUGUUAGGCGCUGAAGAUUACGAAGACAUCGUUGUCGCAGUGGAGUCUGAGCCUUUCGACGAAAUCAACGCGCCUCGGCCGGAAGAGGAAGAAGAGGGUCCUGGUUUUGGGCGCCCACGCGACGAGGGCGACACGUCGAUUCUCGUACCAUCGCGACAGAACAAGUCCGUCCAAAUGACCGCAUUCGAAAUGGCGUUGGCGACGUUCGUUGAUUUGACUGGGCUUAGUCGAAAGAAUUGGGAGGCUCUGCGGGAGGCCCUGUUCCUACUGCGCGACGAAGCUGGCAAUGUCCCCGAACCAAUAAGAUUACUGCCACCGCAAAAAUCAACACUCCUGAGCCGAAUGCGAAAUCGACUGCCGAUGAUGCACAUGCGGGAGGCCGACAUCCCGUUGAACGUCGUAAAGCUGCCGACCCUACCAGCCAAUGUCAAAGACAACGAGCGCCGGAAAAUCGAAAUAUCUCGUAUACGAGAAGAGUUAAAGAAGGCCGCCAGUACAGCAAAGAAGACAGAGAAUCGUGUUAAGCGACACGAGGGGACUGUAGAAGAGCUCCAAGAAUUGACGUUGGCCGCGGACCGUGCAAAGGCGAGAUUGGAAAAGUUGAAGGCGAGUUCGACGAUAGAGCUAGCUCGGUUGGGCACAGAGUCACAGUCAGCAGACAGCGAUGCGGGUCCAUUGCCGGUUGUCACCACCCCUCUUACAUUCUUUGACCCACCCACAUUGUUCAAGAAUAUCGCGGCUUCCGAUCUUGGUAGGCGAGCCCAUUCUGGCCCAGGUCAUUUCGUGGACAAUCCCCACGAAUUCUUCGAGUCCGACGCCUGGCUAUCGUCGGUGCGCACGACAUCCGGACAAUAUGCGCAUAUUAUAUUAGACGGUGGCGCAAAGGGUCCGGUCAUUUUUCCAUGCGACUGGAUCUACUACCGUUGUACCAAAACACCGGAUCGUUGUCCACUAGCAUGUAACAACGUGCCAGACGAGUCUGUCCAUGCUAAAGCGCAUAUUGGUCGUGUGCAUGCCGUCGGGUUUGACCAUCGGGCAAAGAAAGCAUGUACCCCAGACCGCGACCAACUCUGCCUGCGCAUUCAGGAAGCCCAUAGACGCGGAGCUAUUACACUCGACAACGGCAUUACACCCGAACAAGAAGCCAGAGAGCUCAUUUUAACCGACAAAUUCACAUAUAUCCCCGAAACGAAGGUGUAUGCACAUGUCGUCACAAAGGUGUAUACGGAUUACUCGUUUGGCGAAGAUCAUCGGGAUCCCGGCCUAACAAUCAAGCCGCGACUGGGCGCAAGACAGAAACAACAAACACCAUUUCCCAAAUACGACCAGCCACAAGCUGAGAAUUCAGGAUUCAAAGGUCCACGCGGCACUAAAUUCUGUCGAUGUUGUUUUACCUUUUCUGGUGCUGGUAAACCCACUCGAGAUACCCCUGGUAACCCGGACGCACAGAUCAAUUUUGACAUUGUCAACAAUGGUCGUUACCAUCUACAGAUCAUGGAAAUGCAACGAUUUAUGGCAUCAUUGAAAAACGCCAGCAAUAUCAACCGAUAUGGCACUCAAUGGGGAAUAUCCAACCCAUUUCCUGCACUAGCUCAACUAUCACCAGCACUCGAUAUUGUAAUGAGCCGCCCUCCUGAUGCCGCGCAUUCAGAGUUUAACGGCAUUGCAUGCAUGGCCCACCUACUAUUCUGCUGGACUCUAUUAACCCCAGCGGCAAGGAUGCAGUACAUUGUUCAAUUGCAGACAUGGCCAUUCCCACCCGGCUGGCAACGUCUACAAUCGCCAUACAAACAUCUCAAGAGUUACAAAAUGAGUGAUCAUGGCAGAUGGCUGAUUAUUAUUCCCGCGCUGCUAUUGCAUUGGUUGAAAAGAGACCAUCUCAUUCAGAGGUUCUGUAUACGAGCAGAAACAGAAACCGGCAAAGAUCCAGUAGAUUUGGUGAUCGAGACACUGGCCAAACUGGCUAAGAGUGCUACUUUAUUGAUGGGCACUAAGAUUUCAAAACAUGACCGUCGCCGACUGUCAGAAAUAGUAUAUGAAGCUCGUCACUUAUUUAACCAGCUUCAUGUAUUCGCAACCACUAGUGCAUCUGGGUCAAGGGCUGCAUCAGGCGCAGGGACUCCACUUGGUGGUGGUGAUACACCCACGCCGGCGCCAUCCCAGGCGAAGACAUGCAUCGUUCUGCAAAAUUUGCAGAAAUCCGUCGCAUCGUACCGUCACGUGACUGUGGUACCUGACGGAAUGCACCAAAACCGCGGCGAGCAUGCGCGGUAUUUCAAAAGGAGAGUAUACGAAACCAACUACUCCAACGUCGAAAAGGUGUUGUUAAUGAAGAUGAACUUCCAGGAGACGAUACGCCUUGUCCUCCUCAACACCCACGAAGAUGCCGAUCCCGAACUGACCGCACAGAUGGCGGAGCUGCACCGCAAAUGCCCUACCCUGUUCAACAGAACCCUGUCGCAUUCAGACCGCAAUGAAAUGCGAGACAAGGAAGAGGAACUGGAAUACGACAUCGACAUGCCCCAAGCCGACCCAAACCACCUGUCGCCAGCCGCCAUCAACGGUAUUCCAGUGAAAGAGCUGAACCUCAUCACGCAUAUCGCCAACGAGGGUCAGCCGCUGCCAGGCUUCGCCACGAUCGACUACAUGACGACCACAUGGACCAAGCUGUUGCGACAUGCUUACCGGUACGACUAUGGUGCGCCACCCGAUUACCCACCGGUUUUCAACGAGCACAGGAAGAUCCAGUUCUCGCGCAAGCUGGCCUUCACAGACAGUGCUUCAAACUAUCGGUUCAAGUUCAGUUGUAACGACUAUAUUAAAUUUGUCUACCGCUACGACAACGAGAGUCAAAGUGAGUUUCGCAUCGGCCGUAUCGAGCAUAUAUUUGUCAUGGACUACUACAAAGCCAGGCAUAUCUUCGCCCUCGUUAUACCGAUUAAGCGCACCAAAGCAAGGCAACCGCUUCUGGACCUCGAGAUCGUGGAGGAGAUCCCAAACGAGCCCAUCAUCAUUGGCAUUUCGGCAAUUCGCCCUGUUUGUUUGUACAUGUCACAACCUCCUUCAUCCGUGCUCGAAAGACCGACUGCCCGAACAUUGACUUCAGCUUGGUGUAUGUCAACCAAUGUGACGGCGGGCAUUCAAUCCGGUGUGCAGCCGUGUUGUGUGGCGACCGUCCGUGUGACGGCGGGCAUUCAAUCCGAUGUGCGACCGUGCGGUGUGCAGGUGGCGCCGGUGUGGGCAUUUCAUCCGAUGCGCGACCGUGCGGUGUGCGGCGAACAUUCUUGUGCCGGUGUGGGCAGUCAAUCGGUGUGCGACCGUACGGUGUGCAGCCGCGCUGGAUUGACGCGCAAUGUAGAAGCGCAACCAGAAGCGCAGCCGCGGGCGUGA